UCACGUGGUUGCAAAGGAGCAAAUCACAGGCUGUUACUCUCCCUCAGGCGGAUCCGUGCAGUGAGGGGGGGCGUUCGGAGCCCCGCCCCAUAAUGGCGUGGAGUGAUUGGCGGCGGGGGAGAUGGAGCCAGGUGAUUGGCUUUCAGCUGCAAGAAGCGGGGGCUGCUAGGAGUUGUAGUUUGAAGUGUGAGAACAGCAGGAAGCGGACAGUCGGGCUUAGAGCCAGAUGGACUACAAGAACCAGCAUGCUAUAAGGCGGCGACGAGAGGGAUGUCCCGGAAUGUGGCUGCGCCGGGAGGAGGGGCCCGGGCGCUGUUACUGAGGAAGCCGGAAACCGGCAUGUCUGCGGUCUGAGGACCCUCCAAUGCCCGCCCUCAGAUGUCGCUCUAGAUUAUGACCUCGAGUAAGAAUCCACGAUUCAAUCAUUUUUCAGCUGGUGCCACGAACGUACCACCAGAAAACACCAACGGGACCAGAAUGGAAACCACAUUUGGGCCCACAUUCUCAGCCGUGACCACUGUUACUAAAGCUGAUGGCACUAGCACAUUUAAACAACAUCGCAGGACGCCCUCCUCAUCCAGCACUUUAACCUUCACCACCCGUGAUGAAGAUGAUAUUAUGCCUCCAAUUACCACCUCCCGGCGCUCUGAUUCCGCCAUAUCCGUGCGCUCCCUGCAUUCUGACUCCAGCAUGCCUUUGCGCUCCACCUUCUCACUGCACGAAGAAGAGGAAGAGCCGGACCCCCUUGUGUUUGCAGAGCAGCCUUCAGUGAAGCUUUGCUGUCAGCUGUGCUGUAGUGUGUUUAAAGACCCUGUUAUCACCACAUGUGGGCACACAUUCUGCAGGAGGUGUGCCCUGACGUCUGAAAAGUGCCCGGUGGAUAAUGCCAAAUUAACGGUGGUGGUGAACAACAUUGCCGUUGCAGAACAGAUAGGAGAACUGUUCAUUCAUUGUAAAUACGGUUGCCGCCCCUGUGCCAAUGGCAAGCCGACAACGUACGAAGUGGAUCCCCACGGCUGCCCCUUCACCAUUAAACUAAGUGCCAGGAAGGACCAUGAAAUCAGCUGUGAUUAUCGGCCGGUACGUUGUCCUAAUAAUCCAAACUGCCCCCCGCUACUGAAAAUGAACCUGGAAGGCCACCUCAAGGAGUGUGAACACAUUAAGUGCCCCCAUUCAAAAUAUGGGUGCACGUUUAUAGGGAACCAGGACACCUAUGAAACACACCUAGAGUCCUGCAAGUUCGAGGGUCUGAAGGAGUUCCUCCAGCAGACAGACGACCGCUUCCAUGAAAUGCAGGUGGCCAUGACGCAGAAAGACCAGGAGAUUGCGUUCCUCCGCUCCAUGCUGGGGAAGCUCUCGGAGAAGAUUGACCAGCUGGAGAAGAACCUGGAGAUGAAGUUUGACGUCUUGGAUGAGAACCAAAGUAAGCUGAGUGAAGAUUUGAUGGAGUUCCGCAGGGAUGCGUCAAUGCUGAAUGAUGAGCUCUCCCAUAUUAACGCUCGGCUGAACAUGGGUAUUCUGGGCUCUUACGACCCACAGCAGAUAUUUAAAUGCAAGGGAACCUUCGUGGGGCACCAAGGCCCUGUGUGGUGUUUGUGCGUCUAUUCCAUAGGAGAUCUGCUGUUUAGUGGCUCCUCUGACAAAACCAUAAAGGUGUGGGACACCUGCACGACCUACAAGUGCCAAAAGACCCUGGAGGGGCAUGAUGGCAUCGUACUGGCCUUGUGUAUACAAGGGAACAAGUUGUACAGCGGCUCUGCAGACUGCACCAUCAUUGUCUGGGACAUUCCGACACUACUGAAAGUGAACACUAUCCGAGCACAUGACAACCCAGUCUGCACCUUGGUGUCCUCCCACAACAUCCUCUUCAGUGGCUCUCUGAAAGCAAUCAAGGUUUGGGACAUAGUGGUCACAGAUUUAAAACUGAAGAAGGAGCUGACCGGACUUAACCAUUGGGUGCGGGCGCUGGUGGCCUCACAGAAUUACUUGUACAGCGGCUCCUACCAGACGAUCAAGAUAUGGGACAUCAGAUCCUUGGAAUGUGUCCAUGUCCUGCAGACGUCUGGAGGGAGCGUGUACUCCAUCGCAGUCACCAACCAUCAUAUUGUGUGUGGAACGUAUGAAAAUCUCAUCCAUGUCUGGGAUAUAGAAUCUAAGGAACAAGUCCGUACAUUAACUGGACACGUGGGGACAGUAUAUGCAUUGGCCGUCAUCUCCACGCCAGACCAAACCAAGGUUUUCAGUGCCUCUUAUGACCGGUCCCUACGGGUCUGGAGUAUGGAUAAUAUGAUUUGCACCCAGACACUGCUGAGACAUCAGGGAAGUGUGACUGCGCUGGCUGUGUCCCGGGGACGCCUGUUUUCGGGCGCGGUGGACAGUACAGUAAAGGUCUGGACCUGCUAAAUGAUACCACACACUGCCAGAUACAGCCUCCGCCUGGAUCGCUGCCACGUACUCUGCAAGCCUUCCACAUAUUGCCACGGACAUCACCGGUCCUGCUCAGACAAAAGGACAGAUGGAGAAGCUGCUAAUAAAAUCUGGACCCAUGUCCUCCUCCUGUGUUGCCUCUUCCUCUCUGGAACCCUCUGGAACCCUCUGGAACUGGAACCUUUGGUGCACAGGGAGAAGCCAAUCCAUGCUCUCCGAGCCUGAUGUAUAUAGUGUGACUGGCCUCUUGUCUGAGGAGACACGCACCUGUGCUUCCUACAGCUGUACACACCAUCCUGCUCUCCAUGAGAUUAUAAUGUGACCCCACCAGCCAUAGUAUAACAACCACUAGGGAGGAGUCUCACAGAUGCACCCUCUUUAUAACCAGGUUUUAUCAUUAUUUAUAUACUUUUAAGUUAUGGGGGUAUGAGUUAUCCUUCAAAUCAUACCACGUACCUCUUCAAAGUUGCAUUUAUCAGUAUGAGUGUGGCUGGUGCUGCAGCGUCUCCCUGAGCGUAUAAGGCCGCAUAGUACAAGCCCGUACGGCGGACAGACAAAAUACUAAAGUAUUCCCAUACACGGAUAUAAAUGGGUCCUAGCACCAGGGGCCCAAGUCUCUAGCACCGUGCCCAAAUGAUUUUAUACAUUUAUUUUUAUGUACAUUAUUUGAAUGGAUUUCUAGCAGUAUAUUUGCACUUGACUGUUGCAGUAUAGUUAGGACAAACUGAAAUAUUCCACUCUUAUCAGUGCCAACUGUAAUGUCACACUGCGCGCAGGUUACAGUGCCUACAGUGCAGCAAACAGGGACAUGUACUAAGGUAACUAUGGGGCAGAGAGUGGGAAUGUGCUACUGCUUCCUCUGUACUGUCUUCCUACAUUGGGCCUAAUUCAGAUCUGAUCGCAGCAGCAAAUUUGUUAGCUAAUGGGCAAAACCAUGUGCACUGCAAGUGUGGCAGAUGUAACAUGUGCAGAGAGAGUUAGAUUUGGGCGGGUUAUAUUGUUUCUGUGCAGGGUAAAUACUGCCUGCUUUAUUUUUACACUGCAAUUUAGAUUUCAGUUUGAACACCCCCCACCCUAAUCUAACUCUCUCUGCACAUGUUAUAUCUGCCCCACCUGCAGUGCACAUUGUUUUACCCAACUGCUAAGAAAUUUGCUGAUACGAUCAGAUCUGAAUUAGGCCCAUUGUGCCCUAUGUUCAUAAACUGCUGCAUAUAUUGCAUGAAUAAUUCCACAGUAUUUAACAGUCUGUCCAGAAGGUGGCGCUGGUUGCAGUCUAUAGUGAACACUAUACACUGACACUAGGCCAGUGAGCAAACGGACGGUAAACGCGAAGCUGAGGAGUAAUAGUAUCUUCUAUAGAAUACAUUAUUUAUGAGACACUGGCCAUCCAGGUAACAAAAUGACUUCUAAGCAUUUCUAAUUACUUCCAAUCCUGUAUCCAGGUCUGGGGAGCUGUCGUAAUUACACCCUGCAGAUGCGGUAUUGGUAGAACAGUAUUAUGUUCUAUCUGGUAAGCACCUUGAGUCCCAUUGGAGAAAGAGCGCUAUAUAAAUAAAAUUAUUAUUAUUAACAGGCACCCCAAGAAAUAGCGCAGGGUUCUGGAUACAGACACAAGCUUGUCUCCUUAAGUACAGAUGGAACAAUGUCCCACAGAUAAUCACAAGUUGAAAUAACUUGACAAGAAGCUAGUGAAGUAAGUUUGUACAUAUAUAAUCAAUAUAAAUAUAUUUAACUGAAUUAGAGGUAGACAAUCCAUGGCUCUCCAGCCUUUGUUUCGAAGUACAGGGCCCAGACAAACUGGCAUGGUUUGAUGUGUCAUGUAGUUACACACAGAUGUACUUGUCCUUCCUACCUCCUGUGUCUCAUUGCCUCCCUGCUUUCUGUACCUGCAUGACCCAACGUCCCCUCACACUUACCCGUCCUUUCCCUUCUUACCUCCUGUGUCUCAUUGCCUCCCUGCUUUCUGUACCUGCAUGACCCAACGCCACCUCAUAUUUACCCAUCCUUUCCCUUCUUACCUCUUGUGUCUCAUUGCCUCCCAGCUUUCUGUACCUGCGUGACCCAACGCCACCUCACAUUUACCCGUCCUUUCCCUUCUUACCUCCUGUGUCUUAUCGCCUCCCUGUUUUUGUACCUGCGUGACCCAACGCCACCUCACACUUACCUUUCCUUUCCCUUCUUACCUCCUGUGUCUCAUUGCCUCCCUGCUUUCUGUACCUGCGUGACCCAACGCCACCUCACACUUACUUUUUCUUUCCCUUUUUACCUCCUGUGUCUCAUUGCCUCCCUGCUUUCUGUACCUGCGUGACCCAACGCCACCUCACACUUACCCGUCCUUUCCCUUCUUACCUCCUGUGUCUCAUUGCCUCCCUGCUUUCUGUACCUGCGUGACCCAACGCCACCUCACACUUAAUUUUCCUUUCCCUUCUUACCUCCUGUGUCUCAUUGCCUCCCUGCUUUCUGUACCUGCGUGACCCAACGCCACCUCACACUAACCCAUCCUUUUUGCACCUGCGUGACGGAACACCACCUCACACUUAGCCUGUACAAAUCGGAGCUCACUACUUUUCCCACAACUAUGCCUCACAUUGCAGAACAUCACGCGCUCCCAUAUUCCCCAUGUCCGCUACAACAUUGAUUCCUCACAUACAGUCCCUCUAACAGUCCAACAAAUCUUCUGAAGAGUGGCUGCCCAUAGCAAGCAAUCCACUGCAGCCUAUCAUUUUUACAGAAUGUACUUGAUAACUGAUAGCUUGGUUGCUAUUGGCUACUUGUCCUCUACUCUGUAGAAGGUUUGAUGCAUUUCUCCCUAUAUUCCUUUCCCCUAGAAUGUAAGCUCCCAUGGGCAGGGUUCUCUCUACCCUAUGUCUGUCUACCUCAUUUGCCCCUGUGAUGUCCCUCACUGAAAUCUUGGUGUGACCCCUGUGCAGUUUGCCAGCACCCAUGGAAAUUGGGAGUUGGAUAUUGUGCUAUGUGUAGUUGCUGGGGCAUGACUCCUCGUCGGGUGUUGCACCAAAUGUCUGCUAUUCUAACUGUGCGCCGCUGCGUAAUAACAGCUGGAGAGCCACAGACCACCUACCGCUGAACCAGUUUAGGGCUGGAGUGUGUGUACUUAACCCAGCCGUCUGUGGAUGUCUGGAAUGAUGAGACACAUACAUGUAUAUACUGUAUAUUUUUUAUUAUUAUUGCAAAUGAUGCUAGAUAAGGUUGGUGCUUAGAUUUAGUAAAUGACAGCGCAAAUGACUGCACGUGAUGGCGGCCUAGCAGUUACUGGAAACGCCUGGUAGCUGUUAGGCUCAUCCAGGCAACAUGUCAUCAGAACUUAAGCAUAAGUGCGUGCGUGCGAGCAUCUGCUGACACGGUCAACUUCCACGCCACUCACACGUAAAACUGCAUGCAAUGCACAUGGUGCCACGGCUGUAUCUCACAAGUAACGGUCGUGUCUCCACCCCCCCCAAUCCCUCCAUGUUAUUUUCUCAGCAGCUGAUCUCCAGGUACGCCUCCCUCAUUCCCACCACUCCCAUCUCCUCUCGCACUCCGUAUUACAAAUCUUAUUUUUAAGCCCACUUUUUCUACUAUUUUUAAAUACUGUAUUAUAGAACUACAGCAAUUUCUUCAUUUCCAAUAAAACUGAAAUGAAGGCCGA